AAGUAAUGUAAUCAAGUAAGAUGAAAGUAGCCAAGAAGAGAGAGCUAAGUAAAAAAGUAGGAAGUCUUGUAAGUGACUAGUCUUGUGAAAAGUGUGAGUGGUCUAGAGGGUGUCUCUAGAAAGAGUGAGUGUCAUAACUUCUAUCAUAACUUCUAAAGAGUGUCCUUGAGAGUUUGUGUGUUGUAAUAUUUUGUGUGUGUAAUACAAGUAAUUUGUUUACUUGUGUUGUCUCUCCAACACUUGUGUUAGAGUUAUGUACUCUAGUUUUUACUCAACAAUUGGUAUAAGAGCGGUACGAUCAGGGACUGUUUCUAGUGAAGCUUUCGAGAAUCGUGAGAAGUCUAGUACUUUGCAAGAUUGUUAACUAAUCUUGUUCGGCUUAUCGCUAUUCUACCGACACAAUGGGAGAUCUUCAAGUUGUUGGAGGAAUCAAAAAGUUGAACAACAAAAAUUACAACACAUGGGCGACGUGUAUGGAGUCUUACCUACAAGGCCAAGAUCUUUGGGAUAUCGUUAGCGGUAAUGAAGUUACGGAUCCGGCUCCGGUUGCGGAUCCGGCUCCGGUUGAGGAUCCGGCUCCGGUUGAGGAUCCGGCUCCAGUUGCGGAUCCGACUCCGCCUACGCAGAUUUCGAGGGAGAGGAAAAUCAAAGAAGGUAAAGCCAUGUUUGCCUUAAAAACCACAGUUGAAGAUGACAUGUUGGAGUACAUAUGGAAGGCCAAGACACCAAAAGAAGCGUGGGACACCUUCGCCAGACUCUUUUCAAAUAGGAAAGUUACAAGAUUGCAGCUUCUCGAGAACGAGUUGUUUUCGGUGGCCCAACGAGACAUGACGAUUGCCGAAUAUUUCUACAAGAUCAAGAAGCUUUGGCAAAGCAAAUGGCAGAGGUCUCAUUAAGAGGUGAGGAGGAAUCGCUCUACACCAAAAGUAAAGGCAACUUUAAGCAGCGUGCUAAUGGUGGAUCUAAAAGAAAUGGUGACAAGGAAAAAGGUCAUCAAGGAGGAAUAUCAAUUGAUGUUUAUGUUGAAGAUUGAAGAUUAAUCUUGCCUUGGCCCAAGACGAUAUCCAGCCCGAGCACUGACGUGAAGUUUGACUUUUAAUAUUUCCUCAGCGGAAUCUUAAUUAAACUAAUCCUUGCAUUUUCUUACUGUAGCAAUAAAUUAAUUGUUUUCGUGUUCUGAUUAGUGAUUAAUUAUCAUAUGUUCACAACUUGGACUAUAGUAAGCAAACACGAGCCGAAUCCAAUAAUAUAUACAUUGAUGGUGUGGUCCUAUAUGUUCUUGCUGGCUGUACGGUGGUUGUUAAGUGUGAAUCCAAACAGGAGUAGAAGUGAAUAUUUUCUGCCAAUCAAAGGCUAGAAGUCUUAAUCAAAUGGCAGUUUAAUCUGCAUUUCGGA